CAUGCCGCAAUCCAGUGAUCCACUAUCCAGUCACUUUAUGUAUGCUACAGGCAUGAGGUGUGAGAAAGGCCUGAAUAAUGAAUAGAUAGAUAGUUAAUGAGAUUUAUACAUAUAUAUUUAUAUAUAUGUAUAUAAGCCUGUUAUCCCAUGCAACAAGAUCACAGUGACAUAUUUUGUUAUCAGACAGUUUAGAAGUUCAAGUGAUGGAGUUCAGGGGUGGAGCUUACGGGAGCUUAGCUAUGCCCGCCCAUGUACCACACCCACUCAAUCUAGCCCCGCCCACACAGAUGCUGCCUUCAAGUAGCAAGCACAUGUAUUUAGGUGGGGCUGGAAUGAGCAAGUCAUCUAAUAUCCAACCUUCUUCCCCUUCUAUCCCGAGAAUGGACUCGUCCAACAAUUCUUUUGCUGCUGUGUUGCGGGAUCUGGCCAAGAAUGCGGGAGAUCUUGAACAUAGAAAUAAACUUAGUUCCUCCCCUUCUCCUUCAUCAUCUUUGCUAGAUGUUAGAAAGGGGUUUUCCAGCAGCGGAGCAGGCCCCAUUUCUUAUUCGUCCUCUCCGGUCUUCUCUUUUCCUUCAACAUUUUCUGUCUCAUCUUCCUCUCCUUCCUCCUCCUCCGCAUCCUUCUCUAAUCCAAUCUACUCCAAUACAUCCCUCUUCUCUUCAGCUCCAUCCACCUCCAAUCCUCUCCUAGACUCCAGUUUUAAACCCUAUAGAACCAACACCUCAACCCACCCUCUCCCUCCAACCAUCUCACACUCUGGUCUCCAUUCUAGCCUAGCUCAUUCCUCCUUACCCCCAUUCUUGUCCAUGCCAGGACAUCCAGCCUUCCCCUCCCACCUUCUCCCCCUUCCCGGUCUUCUGCCUGGUAUCUCAACUCUACCCUACGGCUUAGAAUCAGAUCCUCUUUACCGGGCUCAGCUCCACCACUAUUUAAACUUGAGUGGAGCCAGAUCUCAUCUUUCUCCUCUACACACCUUCAAUCCAUACCCUCCCCACCCAGUCCAGGACCUGGAGACAGUCCAAUCUCUCAGGAUGGGAUUAAACCCUGCUCCAGGUCCGGAGUAUAAUAGGGAGGAGGGGAAAUAUUCCAAACAUAAAGUUAAACCAGGACGAAGUUCCUCGGAUAAAUUUAAAUCUAGUUUUAGUAAAUCCAACAUUCAGAACAAGAGAACUAAGAUUGUUGAUCUUGACUCCAGUGGAGAUGAUAUAAAAGUGAUUGAAAUAGAUAGUGCUGUGACAACAAGUACGACGUUGACAUGUACAACCGCAAUCUCAACCUCAAUGACGGUUUCAUCAUUAACAUCUGUAGUAUUUUCAUCCACUCCCAUACCCUCAACUGCUCCUAGUGAUACAUUGUUAGGAACGAAAAUACCAAAAAUUGAGCCGAAAACUGAACCUGAUGCAAAUUUUAUUCCAAAAUGUCUUUUCGUUCGUCCGUUUGAAGACGAUUACUCUCCAGUUCGUCCCGAGAGUAGGAGCUGUGAACCUAGUUCAGGAGUUUCUCCGAGCUCAGGACUCCGAGUACAGACCUUAAAGUUUGAAAUAAGUGAGAGAAAGGUUGAUGAUCAAGACAGUGAUUAUGAAUCCAUGUCCAGUGAUAGUUCAAUUAAACGAGAAAGUUUAUGUGAAAGUUUGAAUAAAAGUGACAGUUUCAGCUCCUACCCGGAGAUAUCCUCCGAGGAUUCGUCCUUCUCUUGUAAACUGGAGAAGGAUUCGUCCUACCAGGUGAAGGUGGAGGAGGAGGUGGUGGUGCAGGAGAGUAAGGAGAUGAACGGGUUCUCCUGCAAGAUGGAGGAGGAGGAGGAGAAUGUGGAGGAGAAGGAAGAACAAGUCCAUGUUGUGCCAAGUCUAGAAGAUCUAACUCUUUGUCCAACAUCAGGACGCUUAAUCCAGAACCUGGAGAAGGAUCAAGAGAGAAAACAAUCUGCAUUUCAAGCUGAGCAAGAUCCUAAACCUAAAACUGAUCCUGACCUGGAACCUGAACCUGAACCCUGCUUUCCAAGUGCAGAAGAGAAGAUGGAUUAUCUGGGAUAUCUAAACCUUGUCACCCAUGAUAAGAAGAACGAUGUCGAGAUAGCAAAGCUGGAACGAAGACGGGAAAUUCUCCGAGAAUGUUCUCCGAGCCCUCCCCCUCCCUCCCCAGAGACCAAAUGUCCCUCCCCGGAGCUACCCCUCCCCUCCAUCCCUCCCCACCUCUCCAGACUCCCGGAAUCACACGCCAAGGCGAUGUAUCUUUCCGCAAUAGGGUUGUGUCGAAAUACAGAAGAACAGAAGUUAAAUAAUGAGAUAAUUUGGUCGGCCAUAUUGGAUAAUAGAAUUCAUCAUAAACGCGAUAAUUCUUCGAUGAAUGUUUAUUUUAAAAGAUUACGCGGGAUGUCGAACUCCUUCCUGCGAGGGGUAAAAAGGGACUAUCACGGGACCUUCCUAGCCCCCAGCCCUGAUUCCCAGACUAUACCCCUGAGCACUGCUUUGUCCAUCCUGAACACAGACUCUGCAAUGUUUAGCUCCGGGUCUGAUGGUUCUCAGCUAGAGAGUAUCACGAUCCAUGAUUCCUCACAAUCCUUUCAUCCCGGAGAAACUAUAGAUCCUGCUCAUGUUGAGUCCUCUAGACACACCUUGGAGUCUUCCACAACACAUCCAGAGUCUUCCAGGCUCUAUAUAGAGGAAUCCGUUCUCUCCGGAGAGGGUUCCGUCUCCGGGUCCCCUCUCUCGACAAUGCAUCCUGCUGGGUUGUAUCCUGUAUCCCAGCAGGUACCCGGAGAACAGCUGAAACUAAAUUCUCUAGAGACUACUCCGGGUUUAGGGUUUAGUAUUAAGACUGAGGAUGGGAAGAGGAUAAAAUUGAGUAAGGACGUAUCUCCGGAUACUCAUCUACACUGGCCUGGAGUUGAUGCUGUUAUAGAGUCCUACAGAAGAUAUUCAGAAGAAUGUGUUGAGGAGAAAAGUGAAUUAUUGUCCCGACAAAGCAGGAUCCAGGCUCAGAUGAUGUCGCAUAGAAACCAGGUCGACAAUCUGUCGACCCGGCUCUCAAGUCUAGCCAGACUUCAACAGACUCUAGUGUCGAACCAUCAAGUAGACGAGGAGUCUCUAAGAACUUUAGUCGCAAAUAUAAUGAGCAUAUCUCAACUGUGUCGAAAGUCUCCAGUCAAAUCCUCGCAUAAAAGUCGGCUAGUUAAAGAUGAAAGUCGAAACUGUUUGUGAAUUAUGUCAUACAUUUAACUAUACAGUGAUAAGAAAGAAAGCUGUCAGAUAUUUAGAUUAUGUACAAAUUGUACAACAUAGAACUGGAUUCUAUGGUAGAUUUACAUUUUACAUGUACCAUGAAGUACAUAUUUGUUAACUAAUGCAACAUCAAAAGGUUGUUUUAGACCCUGUUUCUUCUUUUACUGUUUCUCUAUUUGUACCCUUGUAUGUUCCAAUGCACCGAAUUCAAAUCUUAGAGAACACUGAGAUUAUGUACAAGAUGUUUUUUUAUUGUAUGUACACUAUCUCGAGAUUAUGUACAAGAUUCAAUUAUCUGUAUGUAUACUGUCCUGAGAUUAUGUACAAGAUGCAAUUGAUUGUAUGUACACUCCUAAAUUAUGUAAAGAUGCAAUUAAUGUAUGUACACUAAACUGUACUGAGAUUAUGUACAAUAUGCAGUUAAUUGUAUGUACACUUUUCUAAGAUUAUGUACAAAGUACAAUUAAUUGUAUGUACACUACACUGUACUGAUAUUAUGUACAAGAUGCAACUAAUUGUAUGCACACUAAACUGUACUGAGAUUAUGUACAAGAUUCAAUUGAUUGUAUGUACACUGUCCAAAGAUUAUGUACAAGGUACAAUUAAUUGUAUGUACACUACGUACUGUACUGGGAUUAUGUACAAGAUUCAAUUAAUUGUAUGUACAAGAUGCAAUUGAUUGUAUGUACACUGUCCUAAGAUUAUGUACAAGGUACAAUAAAUUGUAUGUACACUACACUGUACUGAGAUUAUGUACAAGAUGCAAUUAAUUGUAUGUACAAUGUCCUAAGAUUAUGUACAAGGUACAAUUAGUUGUAUGUACACUACACAGAACAGAGAGUAUGCACAAGAUGCAGUUAAUUUUCUGUGAUACUAAACACUGCUGUACCCUAACCAUUGUACAAACACUCAGCUGUGCACACUGUACACUGUUCGUUGUACAGCUAAUGUUUGUUGUAUACUAUACAUCAAUGUAAAGCAUAUACUAGUGUAGUGUAAAUAUAUAUGCAUAUAUAUCUGCAUAUAUAUGUUUUAUGUAUGUAGAUUACACUACUGUACGUAAACUGUACAUUGACAAGUUCUGCAACCAACCAAUUCUUCCAUUCGUGCCAUUUACAUCAUGUACAUUGUACAUCGCCAUUGUACAGUUACACUGUGCACUGUACACCUUUCACUGUUCAGUGUAUAAAUAUUUUUUCGCUUAGUUAACUAUCCUCUUUAUUAAAGAGUCCCAAUAAAUAUGAAAUUGUGUGACUCAAUUAACGUUUAUUGAAACUCUCCGUANCCCC